ACUUCCUGUGGUGCCAAGCAUCUUAGAUCAACCAGGGUGGUUAAUGGUAAACCUUCUUCAGAAGGUAGUUGGCCGUGGAUGAGUGAGAUACUUUAUAAAGGACAUCAUGGGUGUGGUGCAGUUCUCAUAUCUCCUAAAUGGGCAAUAACCGCUGGCCAUUGCGUCAGG